UCGUGUAUUGUAUUGCGGCUCUCACGCGUUGUGGCACUUUUCCCGACCUUAUUCAUUUGGACGUUACUGCGGUGGUAACGGUGAUCCUCUCGUACAGUUAAAAAGUUGUAACUCGUGAUCGUCUGACUCACCUAGUUAUCAUUGAUUUUCUUAAUAAUGCCAGUCGCUACAGCUUAUUAGCAGCUCCAGGCGGUCUAGAUCAUAAAAACUUCUAAAUAAGUGUCUGUGUGCAGUAAAACCGUUGACUUUUUUGUUACUGGUGAUAUUAUGAGAGUGUUGAAGCCACUCACGUCUCCUGUCAGCAGGAGUUAGUGCCGAGUGUCUAGUGAUGUUCUCUGCUCUAGCAUAUCAAUUAUCCACAACAUUUCUAGAGGAACAGAAGCAGUGCGACCGUCUCCUGCCAGGCUCCACCAUGUCGAAGAAGCCUGCCGCGCAGCCCACGCUGCACAAGGUGAUCAUGGUGGGAUCUGGUGGCGUGGGCAAGUCGGCGCUCACGCUGCAGUUCAUGUACGACGAGUUCGUGGAAGACUACGAGCCCACUAAAGCGGACAGCUAUCGGAAGAAGGUGGUGCUAGACGGCGAGGAGGUCCAAAUUGACAUCCUGGACACGGCCGGACAGGAGGACUAUGCAGCCAUCCGGGACAACUACUUCCGGUCGGGUGAAGGGUUCCUCUGCGUGUUCUCCAUCACAGAGCCGGAGAGCUUUGAUGCCACACAAGAGUUCAGGGAGCAGAUCCUGCGCGUGAAGAACGACGAGAACAUACCGUUCCUGUUGGUGGGCAACAAGUCGGACCUGGCGGACAAGCGGCGCGUGCCGCUGGAGACGUGCCGCGAGCGCGCGCAGCACUGGCAGGUGCCCUACGUCGAGACCAGCGCCAAGACGCGCGACAACGUCGACAAGACGUUCCUGACCCUCAUCCGGCAGGUGUCGCGGCUGAAGCAGAACCUGCCUCCGAUUGAGGAACUCCCUGGCAAGAAGACUCCGCGCUGCAGAGUACCCUGCUGCUCUAUAUUAUAAGUUGGCACGAUAUUAUGGUGGAUGGUGACAUAGUCGUUGCUUGAUGCUGCCACUCUCGUCUCCCUGACCGUCUUCAUUGCUGGUUAAUGGAAGGGAUUCGCAAGCAACUUUGGACAUUUCUGAUCAAUUAAUAAUCGAAUGCAGUAAUCUCACACUGAUGGCGAACUGGGUGUCAAAAUUAUAGAUUUGAUAAUUUCAUCAAAUAGUACUAUUUUUUAAGACAAUGCCGGUAGUCUCAUUACUAAAAUUUAUAAUAUAAAGUGCAGUAAAGUUUCAACAUAUAAUAACUUAUUGAAUACUAUGAUUUAUAAACUUA